UUGAAUUUUUGAAAAUGGGUUUGUGUUUAUGUUAUUUGGUUCGUGUAAUGUAUAACUUUAACAGGCUUGUGGUUGGCAGGUGUAAAGGGAAAAAAUGGGGAAAAGAAAACGAGAGCGAAGGGAGCGGGAAAGGCAAAGUGAAAGAGACAAGAGAUGGGAAAAAGGGUCAAAUAGUCGAGAUAACCCUUUACAACUCCAUGAUACUGAUAGUGAAAGCAGUCAAGAAGUAGUCGAAGUUUCACCAGGAGGGGGCAAAUUAUAAUAUCCUACGACCCUCCAUGUAUUAGCAAUAAUCAAUCAUGGACCCUUUUGUUUUCUUAUAUGAUCAAGCAUGGACCCUAAUAUUUCAUUAUUAUAACAGACCUAGCCCCUAUGAAAAACAACCCAAUCAUCCUUGGCCCACAGUGUGGCCCAUAAAUAUCCGCCUACAACUCAUACAGCCCCACUCAUCCAGUGUUUAACGCUUACAACUCAACUCAAAAAUUACAACCAAAAAUGGAAGGAGUAGCUGCACAAGUGGUUUGCGAUUGCGGAAUCCCAUGUCGCCUACAGAUUUCUUCAACGGAUAGGAACCCCACUCGAAGAUUUUACGCUUGUUCAAAGCGAACUGUAAGUAAUUCAUGUGCUUUACAAAAAAAUUCAAACUGUAAGUAAUUUACAUUAAUUUUUUGACCUUACUUCGCCUUUUAUUUUUUCGAACUAAAUUUGUCCAAAAUCAGUGUAAUUUUUUUGCCUGGCUAGAGAAUGACAUGCCUUACCAAAUGUCGGUGGUCCGAAACUUGAAACUUGACCUCCAUGUCAUGACUGUUGAACUGGAGGAGGCCAAAAGUUUGCUUGCUGCUAAAAAGGACGAGUUCCAGGGAUUGAAGGAGUCCCAUGAAAUGUACAUAGACGAAAAUCAGGGAUUGAAGGAGUCCAUUGAGAUGUAUCGCGAUGAAAAUGGAAUCUUGUUUGAGGAAAGCGGUCUACUUUUUAUGGAGAUAGACAUACUGAAGGGCCAGAUCAAGGACAUGGAGGUCAAGUGUGCAGACUUGGAGAGGUCAACCAGGAACAUGAAGUUUGGUUUUUGUGCUGCUUGUGCAGUUGCAGGAUGCAGUGUAGGCUUGCAUUGCAUGAGAAAAAAUUGA